CUCUCUUUUUCUCUCCUACAUUUAGAUCAUAAAUUAGACGAGCCACUGCCAGAGCUUCCUCCUUUGAAAGUCAGGGACCUUCCUUUACAAUUGCUACAUGAGCUACUGGAAACUGUAGUCCAUCAAUUUAAGACUUCCCAAGGUGUUAUAUGUAAUAGCUUUGAGGAACUUGAAGAUUCUUCAAUAGCUCAAGUUCACCAAAUCCUUUCCAUCCCCAUCUUUCCUAUAGGCCCUUUACACAAACACUCACCAACUUCUGAUACCAACUAUUGGGCACAAUACAAAACCUCCAUCACUUGGCUGAAUCAUCAAGCACCCAAGUCUGUACUGUAUGUGAGUUUUGGGAGUGUUGAAGCUAUAGACAAAGCUGAUUUUCUUGAGCUAGCCUCGGGAUUGCUUGAAAGCAAGGUGCCUUUCCUGUGGGUGGUACGCCCUGGAAUGAUCCAAGGCACAAACGCUUAUGACUCAUUGCCAGAAGGCUACCUUAAAAUGGUGGGUGAAAGAGGACACAUUGUCACAUGGGCACCUCAAUUAGAGGUUUUAUCCCACCCAGCUGUUGGAAGUUUUUGGACUCACAAUGGAUGGAACUCAACUUUGGAGAGUAUUUGUGAAGGAGUGCCAAUGCUUUGCCAGCCUAUCAAUACUGACCAGUAUACGAAUGCAAGGCUGGUGAGUGACGGUUGGAAGAUAGGAUUGAAGUUGGAAAAGAGGGUAAAAAGAGAAGAAAUAGUAAGGUCUAUAAGCAAACUAAUGCUGGAAGAUGGUGGAGAGAUGAAGAGCAGAAUCACAAGUUUAAAGGAGAAGGCAACUCUCUGUGUCAAGGAAGGUGGUUCUUCAUACACAUCUUUAGAGAAGCUUACCAAAUUUUUACUAUCAUUUUGAUUCACUUGGUCUUUGUACCAUUUAAUAUUUUCAUUAACUAUAUAGUCUGAGAAGAAAAUUUUAUAUAAAAAUUACCCCAAAAAAUUUGCUUGUUCAGGUCCUAGAGCAAGUCCGAACUGAUGACGAACAUUGCUUGUAUUUUGAUUUUUUAGCUCUUAAUCCCCAAAAAAAGAAGAGGGGAGAAUUUCAUCAGUCAAGUAAACUUCAGGCAUGAAUAAAAUAUCUUUAGAAAGGAAUCGAAAAGAUCCGUUUUCUUACCUUUUUUAAAGAGACUGAAAAUUUCUAAUGUUGGAAAGAUUUAAAGAUAAACAUAGAAGCUCAGUCACUCACCCAUUACCACUUCUUGCAUCUCCUGCCACCAUAUUCUCUCCAAAAAGGUCAUUAGACACGCUGCUAAGCUCUUGAUCUCUAAAAAAGAAUUUGAGUUGAGUAGUUUUCAGUUGUCUUACCCUUUGG